AUGGGCAAGUCUUCCAUUCCACUUGCAAAAGUUAGCGAAUUUCUCCAACGCCUGUCCUCGUCAUCGCCCAACGAUUUUCAGUUGGCUUCCGAAGCUCUUACAGCCACAUGCGAAACAAGAUUCAGUGAUCUGUCUCUCUUUGAUAAGCCCAUUUAUACCACACUUUUAACAGAGGCGUGCAAACGUUUAAAAACUCUGCAGCUAGAAACGGAAUCUGUAGAGAGUUCGCCCGAUUUAAUUAUUGUUACUUCCAACGAGUCUGACUUGCUCCUUGUGUGCACCAAAAUCAUUCGGUCAUUCUCGCAUGGCAGAGGUGUCACAGUUUCGUGCGCAUCGGAACGAUUGAUGUUACCACUUUUUGUUUUGAGCCAAGCUAUUUGCGCAGCUGGCCCUCCACCGGACCUUUUUUCUUUUAUUCCGGUCAAGGAAGCCCCUAUUCAAAGUCCAAAAAUUUCUUCUAUUCACCUAGUACUUCAUACGGCCGACGUUGAUUGCGCAGCGCGCGCUAUCGUAAAUGCUUCUUCCUACCACGCCGGGCUGACAUCCUGGCGGCCCUCGAUCGUAUUGGUUGAGCAAGAUUUAGAAAAGGACUUCCAAACAAGAGUAAAGAAACUACUUAAUCCUGUCGCCGACAAUGGUGACAAUGAGCUGCUAGAUGAAAAUGCGCACCUUCGUUACCACUGUCGGGUGCCUUCUUUUGUAAAGGCUGAUAUCGAUAAUUUGGUCGACCUUGCCUCUAGCGAGGGGGGCGAGGUUAUGCGUCCUUCUGAGGUGCACGGUCCAGUAUUUGUCUUUGGUAUUUCACCCGCCUCUCGCGUUCUGGACAAAUACAAAUGCUUGCCAUUGGGUCCCUGCUCUAUCGUUAUUCCAUUCCGAACGCCAAAAGAAGGACUCAAACUAGCUCAAUAUUUCUGUGAUAGAGAGAGUCAAAUCGUUGGUACACAUAGCUUCAAGAAUACUCUUCCAAAGUCUGCAACGAUCUGGACUGACAAGUCAAGUUUGGCUUGGCAGGUGUUGGCCAAGCUCUCUGACUAUUCAAUCCUAGCUGUAAACUCUGAUUUGCCACGGCUUUGCUCAUCCUAUUACCUUACAUUGUGCUCUCAAAAUGAUGGUGAGCGCUUUAAAGUUUUGCCUGCCUCUCCCCCUUACGCAUUAGCGCACAAAGCAAUCAAUCCGGCACUCAGUAAAGAACUACUCGAAGUUUGUUGCUCAGCAAAAAAAGUUCAAACAGGUUUAAAAGAACUGCAUUUUACACAGCUUUCGUCGGCUCUUCGAAAAGUCAAGGAGUGCACUCCGUUUGUUUCGACAUUGGAUGGGAUUCACGCCGCUUGCCAACACAAUUUACAGAAUGCAUAUACAAACAACUUGCAGGAUGAAAUUGCGCUUUCUUCUGAACUAAAACGACUAGUGUCUGUUCGCAACACUCAGGAGCCAGCGGGACCACUUCUGAUUCUACUUAAAUCUGCCGACUUAAACUCUGAUCUCAUACGACUUGUAUUCAGUGCUGUUGCGCUUGGCAAUUCUCUCGUUCUUAUUGCGCCCAAAGGACUGGCUGUGCAGGACACUGUCAGCAACUUCUGCAACUCAAUAAACCAAACGGUUUUUGUCGCAGGCUCAAUUUCAGCCCUGGGGCCAAUCGUCCAUUUGAAAAAACUAGACUUUAGCGAAGAGGAUAUCUCAAUGGCCCUAUCCACCGUCCCUUCUUCUGGUCUUCAUUUGGUCUCUCAAGUUCAAGCUCUUAACGGAACUGUCGGUUCCUCGGACUUAUGUAGAUAUUCCACAAUCUUCUGGUCGGCUGGAGGUGACCUCUUUGCCAAUUAG